GUGAGAAACGAUGAUUCCAAAGCUUCGUACUUUCUAUGAAGAUUUCAUGAUCCCAGAGAUUGUAGACAGUAGAAGGAUGAGGAAUAUGCCCUUACGGGAUGGCAAGCGCACCAAGAAGCCUUCUGUUGCGGAGGUAGCAGCAAGUAGGAAUUCUCAUGAGCAAACCGAGACUUUGGAUGAUAACGAGAAUAAUCAGGAAUUAGAGAAUUUUGGAGAAAACCAUCAUUCUCAGGUUCACUGCGAAAAUAGGAAUGAUGGUGAUCUGGAAAGUUCUCAACAUUUUCCGGAAUUCGAUGACAGCAUAAAUCAAGAAGAAAAUCGAUCAAUUGUGGAAGGUCUAAUCGCAUAUGAACUGAGUGAUCGCGAAAUCAAUAUUCUACAGGGUCGUGCAGAAUUAGAAUCCGAUCAUUUCGAUAUAUUGUGGCGGAUAAUAGGCGAAGUUACGGAAGGUCUUUACGCAUUUCGACCUCUCCUGUUAUUGCAACAUUCUCUGGACCUAAUAGAGCCUAUACAUCCAUUGCAAAAACAUAUCCAAAUUUUGAAUCGUGGUGGAAACCAUUGGGUAUGUGCUUACUAUGAUACUGAAAGGAUUUUUAUUUAUGACUCAUUACUUUCGAAAGCACAAGACCGUACUGCACCUUACAAGGCAGUUCUUCGACAAUUAUUCCCAAAAUAUAAAACCGCUGCAUUUGCGGUCAGUUUGGUGUAUUCUCUCGAUCCAUCCCAAAUACGUUAUGAUCAGGGGACAUUGCGCCAGCAUUAUUUGAGGAUUUGUCAGACUGGUGAGCUACGGCAUUUCCGUUUCUGUGCGGUGAUAUUGCUAUUCCUAACCUUCAAGAUCAGAUAG